GUGUGUUGGUGAGCCGGGGGAGCGUGAGGCAGGCGGACUGUCGGAGCCUCUGCAGUAUCUGACCUGAAAAAACCGAACCCAGCACCGCUCCUCCUGCGGCCGCUGAGAAAACCUACAGCACCCAAACGCACCGGGCCGGGCGGGUUCUCCUCCUCCAGGUGUGAGAGGAGGGAAAAACGCGGACGGAGAAAAAAGGAAAAGCUCCUCUCACGUCGAUCCGCCGCCGUCACUCAUCACACAUAUCACGGAGAAGUCGGCACGGUGUCCCGGUCAGCUCACGCGAAACCACCGGAGAGCGGCGGAGACGCGGGGCGGAGGGGGACGGCUCUGUUUGCGGUUCGUAUCCUCGGUUUUUCCGCCGCGGAUCGUGCGCUCGGUGCCGGAGCUCGGUGUUUACGCUGCGGCUGCAUAGGGAGCUGAGGUGGGGGGGGGGGGGGGGGGCGGCGCGGUGAAGCCGGGGAGGAGCAGCUGAGAGCUGCUGCCGCACGGUGCAGGUUUCUGGGAGAUUUUUGGCAGAAGGGUCGGUAUCGCGGUGCGGUGAUCCGCCCACAUCCACCACUCACCCCCCACACCACCUCCACCUCCACCAAUGGGUUAAAACCGGGUUGUUCUUCCGGAGAAGCCGUGCAGAGCCUCGGAGGGUCCGAUCACACCUGCUCACACCUGCACACCCCGACCUGCAGGGGCUGUACGAUGUAGGAGCCACCUGCCCUCCCCACCUCUGCUCUGUCUCUGCAUCAUCCUCUCUUAAACACCCCCAUCCGCACUCCACAGUAUCAGUCUCCGCCCCCUCCACCCCCCACCCAGCGUCCCACCAUGCCGGCAGGGAUGAAACCGCUGGAGAAGUUCUUGAAGAAACAGACCACGGCGCUGACCCGGGCCGGGGGCUUCGUUGGCGGGGUGGCGGACAAGGCCAGCGGGGGGACUGGGGCGUCCCGCCGGAGGGCCAGUCUGUCCCGGGUCGUACCCUUCUUCAGGGAGACGUCUCCAGAGAGCGGCCAGGCUCGGGAGGUGUUCAGUCCCGACAGUGAGGACCCCCCGUCCUGGCCCUCAGCUACUGGGACCGGUCUGGUCACGGUGCCCAGCAGUGCUAAUGGCUCCGGCUCCGGUUCUGGUUCUGGCUCCGGCUCUGGAGGAGGAGACGUCCGAAGUCCGUCUCUGUCCAGUGACGAGCAGAGCUCUGAGGCCAGUCUGAUCACAGAGACCAGCAGCAGCGGGGGAGGAGGAGGAGGAGGCGGGACACCCCUUCAUCCCGACACACCGGACAACCUGACCCUCGCUUUGCUGGACAGCGUGGCAGGAAAACGUUACGGACACUGUACAGAAACCCUGCUGGAUGACUUCAUGUUGACACAUCCCAUCUUCCUGACGGCCGACAGGUUCCAGCAAGUUCUGCUGCAGCAAUUCACUCUGGACACAGAGGGAGGGAGGGGAGGCAGGCUGGGGGAGGCAGAGGGUGAGAGGAGAGAAGGAGGAGGAGAGAGGGACGGAGAGAUGGAGGGAGAAACAGACGGAGUGCUGGACGGAGCAGAGAGGAAGCAGGCGGUGCUGAACGUGGCGUUCAGGUACCUGGACACCUACAGAGAACUGCUGCAGGAGGAGGGGGAGCGCAGCAACAGCUUCCCCAAGGAGCUUUACCUGUGUGCGGUUCAGGAGUUGAGUCGGUAUCCUGAGCUGGUGGAGGACGUCCUCAAGCUGCAGAGGUGGACCGAGAUCUUACACUGCCCCUCUGAUGAGGAGAAGGAGAGCAAGAGGAAGCAGGUUCGUCCUCUGUUCAGACACUUCCGACGUAUCGACGCCUGUCUGCAGCCCAGAGAGGCCUUCAGAGGCUCCGACGAGAUCUUCUGCAGGGUCUACACUCCGGAUCAUUCCUACGUCACCAUCAGGAGUCGCCUGUCCUGCCGGGUCGGAGAGAUUCUGGCUCUGGUCCGAGAGAAACUCCAGUACAGCGAAGACCAACCAGUUCUGCCUGGAAACCUCAUACUGGUGGCGGUCACAUCAGCUGGAGAGAAAGCAGUGUUUCGUCCCAGUGAUGAAGCUGUGUUCACCACACUGGGAGUCAACACUCACCUGUUCGCCUGUGAACCCUCUGAACUGGACUCACUGCUUCCUCUUCCUGAGGAGAUCCACUGGACACCAGGUGACAGCAAACUCCACGACAUGUCAGCGGAGGAAGUAGCCAAUCAGCUGGUGGUGUUUGACUGGGAGCUCUUCAGCUGCGUCCACGAGGUGGAGUUUGUGUGUUAUGUGUUUCAUGGAGAGCAGUCGCGCUGGCGCCCCCUCAACCUGGAGCUGGUACUGCAGCGCUGCAGCGAGGUGCAGCACUGGGUGGCCACAGAGAUCCUGCAGUGUCAGUCUCUGCCAAAGAGGAUCCAGCUGCUGCGCAAGUUCAUCAAGAUCGCAGCUCUCUGUAAGCAGCAGCAGGACCUGCUGUCCUUCCUGGCCGUGGUUCUGGGUCUGGAUAAUCCUGCUGUCAGCAGACUGCGACUCACCUGGGAGGGACUCCCGGGGAAGUUCAGGAAGCAGUUUCAGCAGUUUGAGAGCAUUGCGGACCCCUCCAGGAAUCAUAAGUCCUACAGAGACCUGAUCACCAGCCUGAGACCUCCGCUGAUCCCCUUCACACCUCUGCUGCUGAAAGAUCUGACCUUUCUCCAUGAGAGCUGUAAGACGUUUCACGGUGAACUCGUCAACUUUGAGAAGAUGCAUAAAGUGGCAGAGAUGGUGAGGAUCAUCAGACGAUACAGGAGCACUCAGCUAGCCAUGGACACGGAGACGUCCCCCUCCCACCUGCAGACGAAGGCCUACGUCCGCCAGUUACAGGUGAUCGACAACCAGAACCUGCUGUUCGACAUGUCCUGCAAACUGGAGCCCAAAGACACAUAAAGAGACAGAUGGGGAGAGAGACGGAGAUGAAGACAAAGAGAGGCUGGGAUGAAGAGGAGGAGCAGCAGGAGGAGACAGUUUGUGUCCACAAACAAUAACGCAAAGAAGCAGAUGAAGGAGAAGGAGGUUCAGGUAGAAAGAGAGGGGGAUAUAACUGGAAGCCCAAGGUCUGCUCCUCCUCCUCCUCCUCUUCAUCCUCGUCUACACUCAUCAAAAAAUACAACAACGACUUCCCUUUUUGUCCCAGAGGGAAACUUCUCCUCACUCCUCGACUUGGACGCCUGUUUAGUUAUAAUUUCCUUUCAUUUUCUCCCUCUCCUCCUUUCUCAGCUGCUUCCUCCUCCUCUUCCUCCCUCAUCCAUCCAUCAGCAGCUGUCCACUUCAAACACUGCCACUGAAAACCACGAACACUUACACAGACGUGGAGGAGGUUCAUCAAACUGGACCAAAAACUCGUCAGGACGUUUUUCAGUGGACGAUCUGGUCGUGUUCCGGAGUUUGUUGUUAAAGCUCCAGAUUCCUCUGCAGCAGAUCACGCUGGUUCUGUGGAGACCGUUCUGUCCGUCAGCGUGGAACGCUGUCGACAACAUCGAGGACGAUCGGUUCUUACUCAGCAACUUUAAAUGUUGUGUUUGAGAACCAUUCAUGACGUCCAGGUGAUGCUUCAUCAUCCACACCAGGUUCUAAAAUCUCAGCUUUGUUUUGUCUCAGUGAAAUGAACGGGGUCAGAGGUCAAACAGGACAGCAGUGAUGGUGGAUCCCAGGACGCUGGACUCUUCCCUCACCCCAAACUUACGUUUGGUUUGUGUGACUUUCUGCACUUUCUCAUCCUCCUUUCCUGCUUCUCUGUCGCGGCUGACCAAUCAGACUAGAGACAAUCGGACCACCUGACUGACACCUGUUGACCUCUGAACUCAACACAAAACAAAACGUCCACAGGGACCAUUGAGUCCAUUAUUGAGAGUCUUUCAGAUUCAGUGGACAGAGACAGCGUUGAUGAAUCCCACUGCAGGAGACGUUUCCGACGCGUCUAACAUGUUUCAGAGACGGAAACAGACGGAAACCACGGACGUUUGACAGGGAACUGGAUACCAACAUUCAAAGAUGGCCGCCCUUUCAUUCCUCUCACCUUCUCCGGCUCACGGAUCAGAGACAGCUGACACCAAAUCAUCUGCCAAACAGUGGAGGUGAGCUUCAACACACAAACCCACCGUGACAUGACGACCACGUGGCGACAGCACAGAGUGAGACUGCUGUCGGGAAACAAGCUGCACACACGUGGGAUUUAUGUCCUGCGUUUCAGGUAUGACCUCAUGUUUCCGUUUUACCUGAGGAAAAGCUUCACAGGUGAGGAUUUUCUCCUCGGACUGCCCCGGGGAAACUUUCCCCAACAGCUUUCGUCUAAAAGUAUUUUGUAUCUUCAAAAAAGUCUUUUUUCCAAAUUCAGGUGUUGGAAAAAGUGUUGUCUUAUAUUCCAUUCAGUACAGUACAGCAAGCAUCUCUGUUCAUCUACGCAAAGACUUCUCAACACAUCGUACCGCAGACCGGCCGAGCCGAGGAUCCAGUUCCAAAAGCCACCAUGUUCGUUUUUCCAAAAACUUUUCAAACUGUAACACCAAGUCCGAGUUUACGCCCGAGACUCCUGCUCUCUGGAUUUCAUGACUGAAUAUAAUUUUCCAUCAAACACUGAACUCUUUUCCAUCUGAUAAAGGACACAGAGGACGUUGUGGAUCUGUAACUGAACUCUCAGUUCUGUCUGACUGCGUCCAUGGUUUACAUCAGUGGUAAGGGCUGUUAGGCUGACCUCUGACCUCUGACCUCUGAUUAGUGGUUUGUAUCAGCUGCCAUAUUUCACACAGAGCAAUCAGGAACAUAUUUCUUAUCCUAAACUGUGGUGGUGAGUUCACUGACAGUAUCUCUGACGGACUUAUGGACACUUUGAGACGUUGUCAUGAUGCGUUCACAGACUCUGAUCGCCUGAUCAGAUCACACUUGUGCGUGGAGGACGGUCGGGACGUUGGACAUUCCUCACUGGAUGAGAGUGUGUAGAUGCUGGUUUUCUACCAAACAUAGUCUCAGUUUCAGCCUGAAGACGUUUUCAUGAAACGUCUCUCACGGUGUUUUAUGAUCAGAACCCACGUCACUUUCACGUUAAAGGACCAUACCGCUGUUUUUCUAAGUUUUAACCCGUUAACGACAGAACGUACGAAAUGUGUCGCUGCAGACGAAGUGGCUGAAAUUUCUGAAUGUGAGUCGGUUCCUUCCAGGCACCCAUAGAUAUCAGUUCAUUUCUAGAAAAAUCAACUUGCAUAGUUUGUGAAUUUCCAGCUGGAUUGAUAUUAUUUUCUUUUCAUUCAGAACAGAUGUAAUGUUUAAAAAAUCCUAAUGUUAUGAGAGUUAAGCACUUUUAAGAGAAGAAGAGAAGUAUUUUGAGAUAAAGCUGUACAUUUAUAUGAGAAAUUUAUAUUCCCUCUCACCUUCUCACUCACAUCAAACCUGUGAGAACAGAGACGUUCAUCAGAAAACAUCUAUGCAAGCUGAGUUUUCGAAAUGUACUGAAAAUAACUGGAGGGAAAAACACCUCAGUCUGCUCGGGGAAACGGUGGCUGCUUUACCGUGCGUGGAAGUCGGAAAAAACACAGGUAUAGUCCUUUAAGAAGGUGAAGGUGGUCAUGAGCUGAGUGAACUGAUAAUAACAUAACAGCCAAUCAGCUGAGUUUACAGGAUGACGUCAUACCAGAGACAUAAAUACAAACAUACGAGAUUUGACAGGAAAACGUUUUCUCAGCGUUUGGGAUCUAACUGCUGUCACAUCUGAACGACCAAUCGGCUUUAAAGGAAGGACCUGAACAGCCCCCACAGAGCCGCCCUCCCAUUGGUCGGUUCAGUGGACUGGCGGGUGGAGGCCUGAGGCAAUAACAGAGCGACAGGAAGUGAAGCUGGUUGGUCGACUUCUUGCAUCAACGAAGCACUUUUGCCAAACCUCAGGGCUCAGAGACACAGAGAGGUUUUAUUUACUCUUUAUUCUAAAUUUUCAGUAGAGUUCAGUUCAGUUGAGUCCAGUUGUGUUGCGAUCGAUUGGUUCUGUGUUUGUACAGCUGAUCUCACUUCAGUCAUAUUUACUAUAAUAAUAGAAAUUUACAGAGUUGUUGUUUUUAUGCUGUGAUCACCACCAGGUCUGAGUCCAGUGUGUCCACAAUGAAACGUUAUUUUAGUUUGGUUUUACAGAGACAGAUCAGAGACAUUGAGUCCUAAAGUUAAAGGGGUGUUGCGUGAUGCUGCUGGACAGAGACCUGGCUCGUCUAUGGCUCUGCUUUGCUCCGAUCAGCGAACAUAAAGUCUCAUGAACUGUGCAAAAGCUCAGAGUUUUGCUGUUUAUGAAUCCAACUUUUCGUUUGUAAGAGGAAGAAUAUUUUAUUUCCUCUUUACAGACAAAAAAGUUUAAGACUCCACUGAAGACAAAAUGAAUCGAUGGAGAUUCUUUUUUCUUUUGGUUUGCAGUGCACUGAAGAGUUUUACUCCACAAUGCUAGCCUUCUUUCCAGCUUACUUUCUGCUGCAGCUGCUUCACAGUCGGAAGCUUCCAGCUGUUCCUGAAUAUUUCUUCCAGAAUACAAAUCCCUGCAGUUUUAAUGAAGUUGUAGUUUAGAGGAAGAAGCUGUAAUAUUCUGAGCUAAAGUCAGAAUCUUAUGAGAAACAUUUGGAAUGAGAUUUAAAGUUUAGAUAAAGUCAUAAUUAACAAAGUUGUAAUAUUUUCAGAAUGAGAUCUUUCUCAGAUGCUCAGGCAUCAUGGCUCCUCUUUACCUGCUGUAUUAACAAACCCUUGAUUUAAGAGGACACAUGAAACUCCCUUCAUUAAUGUCCGACUCUUAUUUCCAGUUAGAUAAAUAUUUUUCCUGUCAGGUUCCCAGUCGAUGUUUUUUUUCGUGGUUGGAUUGAAACUCUUCAGAGCGUCGGGACGGUUCGCUGAUCUGAAAAGGUGUAACUGCUUUGUGUGUGUGUGUUCGUCUGCGCUCAGCUCUGGUGGCUGCUGAGACUUUAUCAUUCUCCAUCUGUAUCAUAACAUCCUGUUUGUAAAGGCUCAGUGAGGUUGAUCCUGUCCAGAAACAAGUCCAGCUCCUCCCUCCAACACGAGCAUUUCCAUCAUAAUCCAGUCAACAUCUCUGAGGUCGAGGUUUGGAUGCAGGUUGUAGUCUGUUACACCUGUAACCACACCCACCAGUGAUGUCACAGUGUGCUGAGGAGAUCUUCACCUCGAGUGAAGCUUUUUGAGUAAUUUAACAGAAAUGACUGUGUAUCUGCUGUAAAGGAGCAGAUACACAGUGUGAAACCUCAGGACAGGAGCAGAAUCCCAGAUUUUCAUCGAGAUCUUUUACGGCAACUCAGACUUCGAAGAACAUGAUGUGUGAAUUGAAGUUGUUUGAUUCUGGACAAGAUACAACCUGCAAAACGUCUCCAGUUUGACAAAACCUUAUAUCUAAAAUGGAGUUUUAAAACCUGUUUGUCCUCAAAACAGAUAAAAACUAAUCUGAAUUCAAACCUCAGGAGUUUGAAGAGGAUUAAGCAUGAACUCCCAAAGACACGAGUUCAAACCCCAGAACACAAGUUUGAACUUUGAAGAGCAUGAGUUCAGACUCCCAUGAACACAAGUCCUGAAAAGACGAGUUUAUACUCCCAAACCGUGACUUCCUGUCCUUACUCCCAAGAGCUCCAGUUCUUGGUUUGAGCUCUAAAGAUGAGAGUUCAGGCUUGAAUUUUACUCCUCAGACUCCAGCUCAAACGGCCAUAAACACAAGUUGAAGAGAGGCCUGUUGUUUCCCAUGUUUCCAGGUGAGAGUGACUCACCUCCUCUCAGUCUGAGAUCAAAGUGAGUUUUCAGGACUUUGUAUGUGAUAUUAAAGGUCUUGUCUAGGUGGAGACGUUCGUGGCGGUUUGGUCGGGUACGAAAUGUGAAACCCAGUGAAGAUGACAUCAUCACUAGUCUGCCAGUGGCUCUCUCAGGACCACUUCCUGGGUGUUGGGCGCCUUAUUAUGGAUCCCGCCGUAGUUCUGGGCUGAAACAGGAGUCCUGAACCCGAACCGUCUCUAAUCUCGAUCUUAGCCCAAACAGAACUAUUCUGAACAUUAGACCUAAACCAAACGGCACAAACCUUCCAGCUCCUCAGGCCAAUCACAGCCCUGUAAUUCUGCUGGGAUCCAUAAUUUUGGGAGGUGGGCGGCCUCUUGGGUCGAGGCCGUCCGCUGCGUCGCCUGGAAGAAAACACUGAAAAAAUACAAAUGUGUAUAUAUUGCAACCCUGUAAAUAGGCAAAUACUAACGGAGACUCUAUUUUAUGUAUGAGCUGAGAGAGAGAGAGUGAUUCUAAUUCAAGGAGAAAUAUUUGAUUUGGUGUUUUUUAUUUGUAGAAGUGAAAGAACGUGUACAGUGGUGACAGAAAGAAAGAAAUGAUGAAUUUACGAAUUGUACAGUUACAUUUCUUCAUUUGGAUUGUUUGGUUGUUUUCUAUCUAAAGCUUGGGCUUGUUUCUGUUUGGUUUUUUGUACAGAAGUGGUUGUUUACAUCGAUACAAGUCCUUAUUUCUGUGAACGUCUGACGUGAUUGGAGCAGAGGUCUGGCACGGGGCGGGGCCUGCAGGGUUGGUGUCGUAUUACAAAUUAUUUCAACACAACAAAACGAAAAGCUAGUCGACGUUCUGUAACGUACGAUGAUCAGACGACUGCUAUAGAAAAAUAAAAUCUUGAGAUUUAGAGAAUAAAGUGGAAAUAUCUGGAGAACAAGUUAUAAUUAAUUUUACAAAAAUAAAGUUAGAAUUUUUUGAGAAACAAAUCAUAAUAUUGCAACACAAACUUGAAAUUUCAUGAGUAAGAAAAAAAAUAAUAUUUUGAGAAUAAGGCCUUUAUAAUGCUGAUAUUAUGAGAUUAAAUUCAUUUUACUCCAAGCAUUUCACACAGAAAGCUGUAACGUUUAUGACAUCAUAAUAUUAUGUAAUUCCUAAUUGUGUGAAUUUUUUUUUAUUUUUGAGGAAAAAUUCACAAUAUUUCAGGAAGUGGUUUAACUUUUAGCCCAAAAUAUGAAAAAUAGGACUUUAAGUAUAAAGUUUAUUAGAAUAAGUGGUACUAUAAGUACAGUCAGACAUUUAUGAUAAAAAUCACAAUAUUUUUCCAGAAAGUGUCACCAUGAGAUGAAGCUGUAAUUUUACAGGUUUUAACAUUAAAGGAUAAUUACAGUACAUACAGCUCUCUUCACUCUGUUCUUGAAAUAUUAUGAUUUUCCUCCUAAAAUAACAGAUUCCUGAUACUCUGACUUACUCUCAUAAACUUAAAACUUUACUUUUAAAAUCCUGUGAAAAAAAAAAACUAUACUGAAAGUGAAAGUGUUCAUCAUGUGAGGUUUGCAAA